CGAUACUAAAACCUAAUUGUUUUUAAUUUAAUCUCAUGUUCAGACCACAUCUAUAAGCUAACUACGAUUACCUACAAGAACGGUUGUAACAAAAACAUUAUAGUGUAUGUACGAUUUAAUUUAUUAUAGUGCUCAAUAAUUGUUGUUUAUGAUGUCUAAGGGGUUUAAGGCUGUUUUUGACGACCUUCCCAUUGGUAUCGACCUAGGGACAACAUUUUCAUGUAUAGCAGUGUAUAGAAAGGGCAAGACAGAAGUUAUUCCUGACAAAAACGGUGAGAGGCUUGUGCCAUCUGUAGUUUUUUAUGAUCCAGAAAAUAAAGAUAGAAUAUUGGUCGGAAAAGCUGCUGAAAAGGAAGGCCCGAGGCACAUCGAAAACUGCAUUAGAGAUUCAAAACGCAUUAUUGGUCGAAAAUUUGAUGACUGUUUCGUUCAAGAAUACAUUUCCAGAAAAGAUGUUCAAUACAAACUGGAAAAGGGACUCCACGACAAAGCUGUCUUUAAGGUUAAUAUUAAUAAAGAAAUCAUCUUAAAGACCCCAGAAGAAGUUAGUGCGGAAAUAUUAAAGCAUCUUAAAGAAAUGGCUGAAUACUUUUUAGGCAGAAAAGUUUUUAAAGUGGUAAUAUCGGUACCUGCAAAUUUUACGAACGCUCAAAGAAAAGCUACAAAGAAUGCUGUUGACUUAGCAGGAUUAAGCUUAAUACGAUUUAUUUCAGAACCGUCAGCAGCAGGAAUCCAUUAUAUCGGCAAAAAGCAUCUGCAAGGAAAUAUAAUGGUUUUUGAUUGGGGAGGUGGUACCUUAGAUGUUUCCUUUGUAAAAGUUCAAAAUAAAAUAUUUGAAGUACAAGCUGUUUACGGAGAUAUAUCAUUGGGAGGAAGAGAUUUUGAUAAUCAACUAUUUCAACAUUUUCAUAAAAAACAUGUUGAAAAAGAACGGUCCAUUAACAGAUUAAGGGAAGCUUGUAUUGAAUUAAAGAAACAGCUGUCAAUUGAUGAAAUUGCUACUGUGUUUGUUGGUGGCUACGAUAACUCAGAGGAUUAUGAAAUUACCUUAACAAAAAUAGAAUUUGAAAAUCUAAACAAAAAUCUUCUGGAUAGAGCAAUGAAUGUCAUAAUUACUGCUUUAGACCAAGCCUGCUUUAAAAUGACUGAAAUAAAAGGGGUCGUAUUGGUGGGAGGUACAACAAGAAUACCAAAAAUUAAGGAAAUGAUAAAGCAAUUUUUUGAUAAUAUGGAUCCAACAACAGAUCUUAAUCCAGAUGAAGCAGUAGUUGCAGGAGCUUCUCUUCAAGCUUUUCGAUAUAAGUUCGACCAAGGAGAUGUCGAAUCGUUUACAAUGAGUGAGGUUACACCUUUAUCUCUUGGAGUAGAUACGUCAAAAAAUCUCAUGAUGGUUUUUAUUCCACGAAAUAGUACAUUACCUAUCACAGUAACUAAAAACUUGAUAACAUCCUGUAAUAACCAAACCGAAAUGUUAAUUCCUAUUUUUGAAGGCGAAAGAUUAAAUUGCUUAUAUAAUAAUAAACUAGGAAAAUUUGUUUUAACCGACCUAUCUCCUAAAAAAGCAGGUAAAGUUAAAGUUACUGUUAGUUUUCAUUUGGAUGAAGACGGAAUUCUUACUGUUAGUGCCACAGAGUGCUCGUCAGGUAUAGAGAAAAAACUUGUAGUUCUUAUGGAAGAGUUUCGCCUUAGUAACAGGAAAGUUACAAUGUGUAUUGAAGAUUCAGAGAAAAUGAAAGAAGAAGAUGAAAUAUUCGAAGAAUUCGCAAGGACUAACAUUAAAUUUAAAAGAUUUUUCAAUCAUGUAUUAUAUGACAUUAACAAAAUAACUAGUAUCGAGGAACAGAAUAUGGUAAAACAACUUUGUAAUAGUUUUUUAAAGGACAUUUUAAAUUUAAAUUUUCAUGAAGUCAGCAAAUUGAAAGAUUUAUUCGUUGCAUUGACGAAAAGGAUAAAACAUAUUUUAAUAAAACAUGAUUUUGAUGAACUAAUCCCAGAAUUGGUCAGUUUAACAAUUUAAAUAAGUAAAGUUUAUGUGGUCACUUAUAUGUAUGUAUCGGUAUUGAAAAAAUUGUUGGUGCUACUAUAGUAUGCAGUCUACCUGUGCCUAGUUAUUAUAGUGUUCAAAAUAAGCCAAUUUUGUGGCUUAUUCCCUACUAAAAUAGUAAAUUUAUAUGACAAAGCAGUACUGGUUUAACCUAACUUCGGGACCUGGCCACUGAAGAUUUAGGGGCCUUCAUUGCUAUUCGUUAUCAGUUUUUUAAUAAGAGAAAACACAUGCAUUAACCAUAAAUGUUACUUAUAAGAUCCAUACAAUAACUUAAAAAAAAACAAGACGAAUGGCAAACGUAAAAAAUAUUCCAAAAAAUGAAAUUAAAAAUAUAAAAAGAAAACAGAAAGUUCCAUAAAACAACACAUAACAAACAAAAAACAUAUUGUAAAAAAUAUAUAAGAUAAAAAUUAAAUCACUUUUUUUCUUGACUUGGAAUUAGCAAACUGCCAUAUAUCUAAUACUAUCAGAAUUCAAUUGCUCCAGUUCUUCAUUUUUGAAGGUCAGUUGUAUAGAAUAUGUUUGAGAUAUCCUCGCCUUCGCAAAAGAAAAUUUUUGCUUCUAGUUCAAUUUCACUAAACUUAUUUCUUACGUCUCCAACAAAGCUCAAAAGAUGUGUCAUUAAUUCUACUCCAAUUGGCACGUUCAAGUUCACAGUUUCUAAAGUUUUGCUUGUUGCAUUCACUCGUUCCAAAAUUCUUGCCCAUAUCACUGUCAAUAAAUCUGUCUUAACGGUAUCCAUUUUAUUAUGCACUACCUUUACUUCAUUUCUUACUGCUGAUUUUUCGUCUGUAUCAUUGCUUAACUGGAAAAAUAUGUUUGAUGGAUCCGUAGUUUUAAGUAAAGCAUUUACAGCGUCAAAUUGGGCAGACUAUCUAGUUUAUUAAUCUUCUUACACAAUAUUUGUCGCUUUCUUUCAGUAAAUUCCAUCUUUGAGGAGAAGUCGAAAAAAAACCUGUAGAUAUUUUUAUUAGAAAUAGCAGAUAAUAAAAGGUACAAAUAAACGUAAACAAACUAUUUAUUUUAUAACCGAACCGUAUUAUAAUAAUAUACAAACAGAGAAAUUAAGAUGUGUCUUAUAAAACGUAUACUUCUAGACCAAAAAUCAAACUCAAAAGUCUACUAACAUUGUUUCCAUAUUCAUAAUGUAACUCGACACUUUUUCGCAAUUGUACGUAAGAAUGUUCGACCUAAAUGGUUCGGGGAAUCAGCCCGCCACUUAAACUGCAUAAUAUGUCCAUUUUAACACUAAUAAAAAUACCAUAAUUUAUAGUUGAAUAUAUUCUAACAUCCCCUCGCAACUAAAAUUAUUUUUGAAUUAGUCAAACAGACCCCCUUUACUACUUAAGUACUCUAACUUAACCCUAUUCAUCGGCUUAGUCAACAUAUCAGCUGUCAUAUCCUCGGUACGACAAUACUUAAAGUUAACAACCCCUUUUUCAUGCAAUUCCUUUACGAAAUGGUACUUUGUAUCGAUAUGUUUUGUCCGAUUACUGAAUUUGUGAUUUCCUAAAAGUUUUAGACAGCUUUGAUUGUCUUCGUAUAUGACUAAUUCCGGUUCUAAACCCACAAAUUCCUUUAUAACCUGUUUUAACCAAAUUGCUUCCUGACAUCCUUUAGCCAAUGCUAUGUACUCUACUUCAGUUGAUGAUAGAGACACGGAAUUCUGUUUUCUACAUCCCCAAUUUAUAGGCGAACCCCGUAAUAAAAAUAUAUACCCGCUAUUUGAUUUUCUCUUCCCCUUGUCUUCUGCCCAGUCAGCGUCUGCAUAGCCGUAUAAUGCGCUAUCUGUUCCUUCUUGUCCUAAAAUAAGCUUUUAUAUUUUCUUUUAUUUAAAUAUCUUAACGCCCUGUUUGCUUCGUUCCAAUUUACUUCAUUUGGAUUUUUAUUCUGUUGGCUUAGUAUGGUGACGCUUGCCAAUAUAUCCGGUCUACUAUUUACCGCAAUAUAUAAUAAACCACCAAUCAAUUGUUGAUAUAUUUCACUGUUUUUCACCGGCUUUUCUCUGCUAGGCUUAUAGUAUCUAUCAUCCAGCGUUAUAUUGAACUAUUUUCCAUCUUUCAUCAUAAACUUGUUCAGCAAUUUGUCAAUAUAACUGGCCUGAUUUAAACUACAUAUCCCUUUAUCGCACAUUUCAAUCUUCAUACCUAAAUAAUCUUGUAAUAAUCCCAAACUCCUUAUAUAAAAAUUACAUUUUAGUUUCUUUUCAAAUAUAUCAAUUAUUACCUGUGAAUCCUUUGCUGCUAUUAAAAUGUCAUCCACGUAUAUAAGUACGUAAAGCCUUUCAUUAUUUAUUACCUCGAUAUAUAAAUACGUAUCAAUAUUGCUUUUACAAAAAAUUUUCAUUAAUGACGUGAUUUUCUCUUGCAUAGCUUGCUUCCAUUUUUCACUAUCACUUCUUUCAAGCGCUUCUUUAAAGUUUCUUGGUUCUUCUUCUUGGAAUUUUGUCAACUUUGUUAUGUAGCGCUCAGGUGGAACACCUUUAUUUACUCUGCUAGAUCUACGAUCACCUGAAUUCUGUAUAUCGAGAUCUGUAUCUAAUUGAUAGUUAGAAUCACCGUCAUCGUCAUGGGAUUGUUCCCAACUUAAGCUCUCAUACGUGUUAGAUGUAUCCGUAGAAUUUUCUAUUUCCUCCGUGUUUUCAAAAUUUGCAACCUAUCUGUCUUCUACGUCGUUUGGCUCUAUUUUCUCCCAUUCCAUCAUGGACCCAAUGGAUAUUUUCUCACUUUUUGCCUCCUUUUGCUCGACGCAUAUAUUUCUCUUGGAAAACACCACACUACGGCUAAUUGUAAUACGUUCUUUAUCUAUAUUUACCAAUCUAUAUGCUUUUGAUUCACCAGAGUAACCUACAAAUAUCAGUGACUCACCUUUUGGAUCAAAUUUAUCCUUCAUUUUUUCUUUGGGAAUGUGGCUAUAAACCGUAGACCCAAAUAUUUGCAAAUUCGACACAUUCGGUGUUACUUUAUGCCACAAUUCAUAAGACGUUUUUUCUUUCGACUUAGUAGGUAAUCGAUUUUGCAAAUAAUUUGCUGUCACUAUCGCUUCCCCCCAAAAUUUCUUUGCUAAACUCGCAUCGAUUAACAUGCACCUAGCCAUUUCAACUAGAGAUCGAUUCUUUCUCUCUGCAACCCCAUUUUGUUCUGUAGAGUACCCUGCUGUAUAUUGAAUUUUUAUACCUUUACCCUUUAAAAAUUCCCUUAAAUUAUUAUUUACGUACUCGCCACCCCUAUCUGACCUAAUUACUUUUGGAACCCUACCUAACUGAUUACUCGCAAAUUCUAUAAACUCUUUUAUACAUUUUACCGCUUCAUUUUUAUGAUUUAAUAAAUAUAUAUUUGUAUAUCUAGAAAAAUCAUCAAUUAAAGUCAAAAUAUAACGUUUACCCCCUGGAGUAACAGUCUUCAUGGGCCUGCAAAUAUCCGAAUGUAAUAAGUCAAGAAUAUUAAAUGUAUUGCUAUGAGAAAAUUUUGGAAAACUCUUACGUAAAAUUUUACUUUCCAUACAGCAUUCACAAGUUUCCUUAAUCCUAGAGUCUGUCAUAUCAAUCCCGACUGCCAUUUUCUUUUCCAUUAAGUGUUUGACUGCAUCCCUGUCCCUGUUUCCAAACCGUCUAUGCCAUGUAUGUUAACAGUUGCUGGAGUGCUCCAAAGCACUCAAUCCAUGGUCCACAGUUGAAAGUUUGUAUAAGUCCGGUGAAGGCACCGCACUCGCGACGACUUUUCCGUGUAAAACGAUUUUACACUGGUUUUUAUCGAAUUGCACAUUAUGUCCCGCACUUGUUAACUUUUUCACCGAAAGCAGAUUUGAGUCUAAUCCCGGCACAUACAACACUUAGUCGAUUUUUAAAUUUUCCACUCCCGAUCCAGUCACGCACUCAAUAAGUCCUGUCCCUAUACCCUGAACCUCGGAGUAUUGCCCUUUCUCCGCCAAACUUACAACGUCCUUUCUGCUACCGUCAAAUUGGGUAUAGAAUCCUUUGUAAUUAACCAUGUGGCUCGAAGCUCCUGAGUACACAUACCACGAAUCAGAAUCCCUUUUUCCGUCCCUUGACCUAUAAUUGACCAUAAAACAUGCAUCAUCAGUACCUUCAGCGACUUUAUUGGCCUUUUCCUUUUUAAACGCUUUGUACUUAAACCAAUCUCGUUUAAAAUGGCCCUUCCGGUUACAAAAAUAACACUGCCUUGCUUCUGCCCUUGCAGUACGAUUAUUUUUGUUACCCUCGUAUACUGACUUCAUCACCGAAUCCUCCUGAUUUCUUCCCAAAGCUCCCUGACGUCUCCUGUACUCAUCUAUUAAUUUACUCGUAACAAAUUCUAGAGUAAAUUCACUCGAUGGCCUACUUUCCAGCGCUGUAAUCAAAAAACUGUAUGAGUCUGGAAGACUUCCCAGCAAAAUUCCUGCUGAGAACCUGUCCUUAAUUUCCUCCCCUAAGGCGGCCAGUUUAUUCAACGAUUCUAGGAAUAAACUAAUGUGUGCUUCCAUAUCACCAUUCUCCUCUAGCGAUAGCCUACAGAUUUGCUUUAACAAAAACACCACACUAGACAAACUUGAUUUCUGAUGAUACUCCCUUAGCGCUACCCACGCAUCGCGCGCGAAUUCCCUGUUCCGGAUAUGCACUAAUUGAUUAACGUCAACAAGUAAGGCUAUAGUUGACAAAGCCUUAUCAUUUUGUUUUUUCCAAGAACUGCUUCGAUCUGCUUCUAAUGGUAACUCACUAGAAACUAUUUCCCAUAGAUCAGCAUUGAUGAGUAACAUUUUCACUAAAUAACUCCACGAUUGAUAGUUCUUGCCGUUCAACUUUUCGACGUUAUAUUUCGCACUCUCCGCCAUUAUGUAUUCGGUUAACACGAAAAUUUCGCGACUGUACACUUUUAAUUAUUAUCUUAAUACAGGUGAGCUAACAAUGUAACUGAGGCCCGUAACCUAUUAGAAAUAGCAGAUAAUAAAAGGUACAAAUAAACGUAAACAAACUAUUUAUUUUAUAACCGAACCGUAUUAUAAUAAUAUACAAACAGAGAAAUUAAGAUGUGUCUUAUACAACGUAUACUUCUAGACUAAAAAUCAAACACAAAACUCUACUAACAUCGUUUCCACAUUCAUAAUGUAACUCGCCACUUUUUCGCAAUUUUACGUAAGAAUGUUCGACCUAAAAGGUUCGGGGAAUCAGCCCGCCCACUUAGACUGCAUAUGUCCAUUUUAACACUAAUAAAAAUACCAUAAUUUAUAGUUGAAUAUAUUCUAACAACUUUGAACAGUGCUGAAAUAAUCAGUUGCUACCAAAUUGGAUUCACAUGCAAAAUUCUCUGCUAGAUUUAAAGAAUGAUUCGCACAUGGGACAUAAACACCGGUUGGUGAUAAUGCUCGUAUUUCGUAUUUGCGUAUGAGAUUAUUUUCGGAAAAUAUGUAGAUUAUUUAGCGAACUUUAUUUUUUUAUUAUAAAAAGGAAAGGGACCCUUCGGGCCCCUCCAAGGACCAGUCUUCUGGGCGCCCGCCCCAAGCGCCCUGUGAAUAAACCGGCACUAUGACAAAGUAUCAGUUUGCAAAAUUAAAACAAUAAUUCUUCUGAUUUAUGCGUCUUGUUCACUUUGUAAAGAUUUUUUGCUUGCACUGUAUACCUACCUGUGUAGCUAAACAACACCAUAAGCUUUUUAAUCUUUUCUCAGAAGCGUUUGCACACUAUAAUAGAAUAGUGAAUAAAACGCAUAAAUCAGAAGAAUUUAAAUUUCAAUUUUAAUUCUACAAACUAAUACUUUGUCAUAUCAAUUUAUUAUUUUAAUUGGAAAUAAGCCACAAAAUUGGCUUAUACCCAGCCGAAAUAGUAACUAGAGAUAUACCUAACACAGGAAUAUUUGUAAAAUUAAAAUAAUAAUUCUUCUUAUUUAUGCGUUUAUAAAUGCGACGGUAGACCGCAUACUGUAGUAGCACGGAAUUGUUUGUACUUACUGUAUUAGCGGAAAAAUGCAACAUUCAAAUUACUGUUUCCGUAUUUUAACAAAAUUUGUGUAUUGUGUCAUGUAACAGCUUUAAUAACGUCACAUUAAGAUUUAUUGAGGCAUGCCUAAUUGCUCUAUCAAAUUAAAGUACAAUCGUGGCAGCAAUAUGGGGCAUCGUGUAUGAUAUUAUCAUUCUAAAUUCAAUUGGCUCUAUCAUAAUCAAGUUAAUAAAUUACGCUUUUAACGAUUGUUAACCUGUGAUUGAUUUAUACAUAUAUCUUCUUUAUCACCACUCUAGGCAGUUUCCCACUGUAUAUGUUAUAAUCCGCUAUUAAACUCUUUUUAGUGGUCAAUUAUUUGUUUACUGUUUUAAUAAAUAGUAAUAGACCAGGGCAUUUAGCACUAAAAACACCCGAAUAAAUAGAUUUUUAAAUACAGCACCUACAGACUUGCAGUUUUUUGCAUUAUGUUCAGGAUGACGUCAGGAAAAACGUCUACUA